UGAAGAUAAUAAUCAAGGAAAAAGCAUUUGCUUGAGUCCAACUUUUUGUCAGUCAGCAGCGAUGGAGGAAGCCGGCAAGAUCUCAAUUCUCCUUGUCUCCUUCUUAAUAGUUUUAGCCAUCGUCGUUGGCAACAUUUUGACAAUCAUUGCAGUUUUGAGGAAACCCAAAAUGGGAACGGUCUCGAAUCAGUUUGUUUUGGGUCUCGCAAUUGCCGACUUGCUGGUUGCCUUUGCGUUGCCGUACAACUUGAUUGUGAUAUUUUUCGUUUCGCCAAAAAUGAAAUUCACUUAUCCAGAAUUCGUGGGCUCCUGUGUCGCCCCUUUGAUGCCUCUGAUUGUUUCCUCCAUUGCGUCCAAUUUGAACUUGCUUCUCAUCGGCAUGGAUCGAUUAUACGCUGUAAGCAACCCUCUCUCUCACCGCGCUUUUAUGUCCAGAAGAAAAGCGCGCCUAGCAGUUUGCUGCUCAUUCCUCAUUGCAACUUUUAUGUCGUCUCUGCUUUUUAUUCUGAAUGAUUGGAAAGAGGAUGAAGAAAGUCCCUGCAUUAAAACAAAUAUGUCAUUUGUUUACUAUUCCUGCGUUCUGCUUCCAACCUUUGUGAUGACCAUAAUUUUACUUUUCAUUGCCUAUGGAAAAAUUCUGCACGUAGCGGCAACAGUUUCAACCAACGCUAAGAAAUCACUAAAAAUGGUUUCUCUCAUUAUCAGUUGCUACUGUAUUUGUUGGCUUCCGUUUAUGAUUCGUUUGUUCAUUGAACAAUACGACAAGGAUAACCACAACUUUCAGAGCAAUACAGCACUCUAUUAUGCCCAAAUUGGAACAUUUCUUCUCAUGUGUUCAAACUCAUUCAUGAAUCCGAUUAUUUACACCAUGAAAUCUGGUGACUUUCGAAAAGCGUAUCGGGAAAUAAUCUUGUGUAAGAAAGAAGUAGUUGCUCAAGAUGGAAGUAAACAAGCCACAAGCAAUGACGCAUGACUCUCUCAGCAACGAGUGAUAUUUAAUUACAAAAUUAUAACGAACUUUAAAUAUUUGUAAAUUUGUAGACAUAAUUUUGGUUAAUUUAUAAAUAUGGACUUUAUUUGAUCUCAAUGAACUCACCGUUUAAUUCUCUCUUAAUAUGAUUAUUAUUACGGCCUGUAAAUUUUGUGUAAUAAUUUCUGAAAAAGAUAAUUAAAAAGAA